GGAUCAGAUUCAUUCAAACAGCUCGCACAACACGAGUUCAGUCUCACAGAGCUGCGGCUGAUCUCAGAUCAGACCACAGUCGUACUGAUGUGUGUCACAGGAUGGGCAUGCCGUGUGACGCCAUUUCCGGUGCUGUGAUGGCGGUGGAUUUGACUCCGCGCUUCAGAAGACUGAACAGUCAAACCUGUUUUAGAGAGAAUAAACAACUGUCAGGUUUCUCUGGGCCCUUCAGGGCCACUCAGCUGUGGCAGAACAUCAUUGAGGCUCUGCGGACGCAGGUGGAGCUCCGACCCCACAGACAGCACCUCCGCGUCCAUCACGACUGCUUCAGCGGCUCUGAAGCGGUGGAUGUAGUUCUGAGCCACCUCAUGCAGAACAUCUACUUCUGCUCAAGCGAAGUGUCCCGUCUCAAAGCUGCCAGGCUCUGCCAGGCCUUAAUGGAGUCUAGAGUGUUCGAACCCAUCGGUAUGAAGCUCUUCAGACGAGACAAGGAAAUGACCUUUGAGGACUCCAGCUGCAGCCUCUACCGCUUCCUGGACGGAUCGACCAAAAAGACCUACACUGAGAACCAGACUCCAGACAAACAAACUGGGAAGAGGAAGACCACUUUGAGGUUUGGAGAAAUGCAGACCAUCUCCAACCCCUUGGUUCUUGGAUCAUCAGACAGAAGAGUGGAGAGACUACUGAAGAAUAUAAACCUGCACCCAUCUUUGCCCUCUGAUUUAAAUCGUGCUGCAAUUUCCAACAGCUUCCUCUCAAAAAAAGUGGUACGGGACGUUUGGAGGCAGCAGGCGUUACUUCAGUUGCUACAGGUGGUGGAGAUCUCUAUGCUAGACUCUAUUCUGACCUCACCUGCCAAACUGGAGCCCCUGCGCUCGUCUCUGCGCGACCAUAGUGACCUGGUCAUCUCCAACACCUGCGUGGAGCGUGAAGUGUCAGAAAGUCUCAGCCUGCCUGAGUUGGACUCUUGGCUGAAGGCGGCAGUGGACUGUCUCGAUCUGUUCCCAGAUCAGUUAAUCGUUGUUGCCAGUGAGCAGCUCGUCCAGCAGAAUGCAGCGUCCGGGGAGGAGAAGCACAAGAGACUGCUGUUCGACACCAUCGCCAAAUAUUACAACAGCCCCGAGAGACCUCCACUACUGUUAGGCCGCUACACGGACAUCCAGACUGGAAUCCUAAAUCUUUUGGAUUGUGGGAGAGGUGAGGAUGCUCUGAGAGCAGCUCAGCUCUGUCUGCAGCUGCUGGAGUCCACAAACAGAGACCAGUUACGCAGACUGUUGGGUUUCAUGGCAGCUGCUGCGGAUAAUGAAGCUUUCAGACUGCACAAGCAGAUUGAGAACCGGGCUUUGGUUAGCAAGACGUUUGUGAAGGCUGUGAUCCAGAGCAAAGAAAUGACUCGUGUCCAGUCUGAGCGCCUGCUGCUGUUCCUCAUGGAUAAUCACACACAACUCUUUAAGACACCGUCAUCAUUAAUUGAGGCUGUGAGGAAGACACUACAAACCUUGCAGCAAGGAAGAGAUCUAGAUAAUGUAACAUUAUUCACUUUCUGCCAGCAGGUGUCGCUCCAGCAGUACGAGGACAACAAAGAUAAGGCCACUCUUGAUAGUUUAAAGCAGUUAAUGCAUCAUGUCUCUCACAGUGACGGUCUGACGGUCAAACAGAAGAGACGACUGGCCAAACACUUCCGGAAACAUCACCCAGGGAUUUUCCUCCAGCACUUCUUUACUGCAUUCUAGAAAGCGAUGAACACUGGAUUAAAAAAAACAGUCGUGAAAGUUAGCACUGAACGUGUUUUAUUAAUCUGGGUUAUGGGGUUGAGUGGCUUCAUCAAUUAUAGAGAUUAGAAAAUUGUUACUAAAUUUACAGGACUGUGUUUGUAGGGAGAUGACUUCAUUUGCAAUUAGACUCUGAUUUAUUAGAAGUAUUGUAAUUGUUAGAAGUAUUAAUAUAAUCAAGAAACCUCUGUACACUACAUAGACUUCAUCAGGUUAGUAAAUAUGCUGUUUUCAUGAGCUUUGAAAAGGCAGCAUCAUCUUGAACAUCUCUGUGUAGAAUUACUUGAAUUGUGUGAUUUGCUCAGGUUUUUCAAAGCUAUUAGAAAUAGUUUUAGCUGCACUUGAAAUUGAGAAAUGGAUAUCUUUGCCUUAAAGGUAGAGAUUUCAAAUUAUGCUAUUUUCAGAUGAAAGGAUCACUUAUUAUAUUUUUUUUUUUGGCAAUGACUGAAGCACAAAUUAUUUCAAUUAAUACUGACCUCAUAUAUUACUGUACUCUGUGAUUUUACUGUACUUCUGAUUUUCAAGUGGAUUUGUAUUGAAAAAUGUAGCAUAGUAUGGUGUUACCACGUAUGUAUAAGGCAUUAUUAUUCAGAAAGACAAAGGGAAGUUUAAUAGCUGCAAUUAUUUUAACUCCACAAAUGCAUGAAUGCACUGGAUUAAUUAUAGUGUUCCAUAUUAAUGGUAUUUAUUAAUUAUUAAUUGAAAAGAAAUUGAAUUGCAUAUUGGUACAUUGACUAAUUAUUGUAAUUGCAUUAGAUUUGAUUGAAGUUUUUUAGGUGCACUUUAAUUCUCUGAUAUUUUAAACUUAUUAAAAUGCAUU